AUGCUCCGGGAGGGCGAUGCGGCUCCCCGCGUCCCGCUGAGCGAGGCCGCGCUGCUCCCCGCCGGGGCUGCCCUGCGCAGGGCAGGGGGGGCUGCCUGCGCCCCGCCGUUGGCCUUCCCCCCCCCCAACCCCCCCGCCUCUUCUGUGGGUUGGGUUUUUUUUCCCCCCCACCACUAUUUUAUUUUAUUUGUCUCUAUUUUUUUAUUAAAAAAAAAAAAAACCCGACAAAAAAACCAACCCACCAAACCAAAAGCCGCCGCUCCCCGCACCGACCCCCGCGGAGGGCUGGAGAGGCUGAUGCGGCCGCUAAGGGAGAGGAUAGUGGUUAAAGCUCGAGCUGGAUGGAUGGGUAUGGGGAGAGGGGCAGGAUCCACAGCCCUGGGACUUUUCCAAAUCCUCCCUGUCUUUCUCUGCAUCUUCCCUUCAGUGACAUCUCCAUGCAAGAUCCUCAAGUGCAACUCUGAGUUCUGGGCGGCCACGUCGGGCUCCCACCACCUGGGCACGGAGGAGGCGCCGGAAUUCUGCACGGCGCUGCGCGCCUACGCGCACUGCACCCGCCGCACCGCCCGCACCUGCAGGGGCGACCUGGCCUACCACUCCGCCGUGCAUGGCAUAGACGAUCUCAUGGAGCAACACAACUGCUCCAAAGAUGGCCCCACGUCCCAGCCCCGCCUCCGGACAUUGCCCCCCGGGGAUAGCCAGGAGCGCUCUGACAGCCCCGAAAUCUGCCACUACGAGAAGAGCUUUCACAAACAUUCGGCUGCCCCCAACUACACCCACUGCGGGCUCUUCGGGGACCCCCACCUCAGGACUUUCACAGACACUUUCCAAACCUGCAAGGUGCAAGGGGCUUGGCCGCUCAUAGACAAUAACUACCUGAAUGUCCAGGUCACCAACACGCCGGUGCUGCCUGGAUCCACGGCCACCGCCACCAGCAAGCUCACCAUCAUCUUCAAGAGCUUCCAGGAGUGUGUGGACCAGAAAGUGUACCAGGCAGAGAUGGACGAGCUCCCUGCUGCCUUUGCCGAUGGCUCCAAGAAUGGUGGGGACAAGCAUGGAGCCAACAGCCUGAAGAUCACCGAGAAGGUGUCGGGCCAACACAUCGAGAUCCAAGCAAAGUACAUUGGCACCACCAUUGUGGUGAGGCAGGUGGGCCGGUACCUCACCUUCGCUGUGCGGAUGCCGGAGGAGGUGGUCAACGCUGUGGAGGACCGGGACAGUCAGGGCCUCUACCUGUGCCUCCGUGGUUGUCCACUCAACCAACAGAUUGACUUCCAGACCAUCCGCUCAGCUCAGGCCACAGAGGGCCGUGCUCGUAGGAAGGGGCCCAGUCUGUCAGCCCCACCCCAGGCCUUCACAUACGAAACAGCCACGGCCAAGUGCAGGGAAAAGCUGCCUGUGGAGGACCUCUACUUCCAGUCCUGCGUCUUCGACCUCCUCACGACAGGGGAUGUCAACUUCAUGCUGGCUGCUUACUAUGCCUUUGAGGAUGUGAAGAUGCUUCACUCCAACAAAGACAAGCUGCACCUCUAUGAAAGGACACGGGACCUCGCCCCAGGCAACAUGGCUCCCUCGGGGACCUCCCCCACGCUCUGGGUAGCACUGCUGUGUUUGAGUCAGUGUUGGUUGGGCUUGUUAUAGAGGUUUGCUCCUUCCCACCGUGGAGAGCAGGGAAAUGGGAGCAGGAGGGGACCAGGGAUGAGAUGGCAGCGCUGGACAACGGGAGGUUGGAUAUCAGAGCCGCAUGGGUUGUCCUCAAAUCUCAACCCCUCUCUUCAGCAUCAGGUCCUCCACCUUCCCAGCUCUUGCCUGGGAAGAAUGUGCUGCCAAUGGGAUCGGUCAGGAGUUUUUGCUGGGCUGUACCUUGUCUGACCUUCCUCGCCUCCCCUUCUCGUCGUCCUCCUCCUCCCAGUAGCAUGGGUGCCAAGGAGCCCCCUCCUCCUCGUAGUGCUCCCUCAGGUCCCGAAAAUGCACGUAGUGACUGUGACAUUGGCGUGUGCAACCGUGGCUUUGUCUUUGGAGAGCAGAACCUGCGAGGAGGGCGCGGAGCAGCGAGACGGGGCCAAUCCUGGCCCCUGACAGGGCAUAUCCCGCUCUCCCUGCAGCCCCAUCGGUGCAAGGGGCCGAAAUGGUGGGGAAGGGUCCCACCAGUGCCAGGCAUCUUCUGGGUGUAAGGGGAAUGUGUUCCUCAAGCCUCAGCUUGUGUUUGUUACGGUUCAAAGGGCAUCUCCUGUUUUAGCCAGUUCAUUCGGCUGAUUCACUUGGUAGUUGUAUUCCUGGCUCCCCUGUCUCUGCCCGGACCCACCGAGGACUCUUGAUGGCAACGGGAGAAACCUGGCCAGUACUCAAGCGGUUUCUGUAACUUCUGCCCAGUGUUGGAUGAGUUCCUUGCGCCGUUUGCUGCCUGGUCCCCUAAAACUGGCAGCGGGGAGGCUGCUCAGUGGGAGACCCGACCCACACCUCCCUCCAGCCCCACACCCCCUCACCUGCCCAUGGCUCGGCCGGGCCCUGGGAUGGAGCAGGAGCAUCGUGCUCUGUUUGUUUGCUGCUAGGUCUCUGCUCUGCUCCUCGUCCUGGGGCCAUGACUUGCAACCCCAUUGCAGACCAGUUGCACCUUAAGCCCUUCUGGGCUUGUAUCAGAAAUGGGGAAAUGUCAGAAAUCCAGCCAGAAGACAGGAUGCAGCAGAGGACCCCCCCCCCCCCUCGACUGUCCCCAGAUGUCUGUUCCCUGCCUUGAAACCAUCAAUGAUCUCCUUCCCCCACCACGCAGUGCUGCCCAUCUCCUCCUCUUCAUGUUCCUCUGUGGUUCACCUCAUCGCCCGCUGAACAAACGGCAAGACCACCUUUGGUCUGCCUCUUGGAGAGACCUCUUGAUGGGUUUCCCCUCCUUUCCUCAGGGGGAAGUUCCCAGAAACCAGCCCCACACCACGUCUCACUCUUGGGGGCACCUCCUGCUCUCAGGGGAGGUCUCUGGGCACGAUGAGACAAGCUAGCACCAAAAGAGGUGGGAACAGGCUACGUUUGGCAGUCUGAACUGGUGCCAAGAGGCAGCCUGGUGUAAAUACUCUACGUGACUAUUCAUUGUGUCCUAACAGCUCUAGAGCUCCAUUUGUAAAGCAGCAGAGAAAUGCAAAAUUGUGUCAAUGGAUGUAAUUUAUAUUGUCUCUUUAAUAUAUAGAGCCCUGGCAUUGAUCUCGUGUGACUGUACAGAUGAAGAGAUGUACUUGGUUUUUAAAUGUUUAAGGAAAGAAACGAAACAAAAAGAUGUGUUUACUACUUUGCUCCUUGCUUUGUUUGCUGGUGCCCCAGGUGUUCUGUUGAGGGAGAUUUGGAAAUAAGGAUAUCACAGCUCGGAGGCGCUGCAGAGAGCAGCCACUGGACCACGGCACAGGACAGUUUUUGGCUUCCCAAUGCACUAACUGCUGAUUUGGACUUUUUGUUUCCUUUGUUAAAGAAAGAACCGAGUUCCUGUCUUCCCUAGAAAUUGAAAGCGCAAGUUUUGAACGUCAAAAUUUGUCACUGGGUGAGAGGAAGCUUUUUUCUUCCUUGCUGUGUUGCCCCAUAGAUUACCAGCGGCUGUGCAAAGCAUCCCUCUGAAGACGCGGAGCUUCUUGAAAGCAGUCUUAGCCGGCCAAGCCACAGCGUGCCAACAAGUCAAUACUUCCCUUAGCACCUCCCUUUCCCAUGUAGCGAUCACCCUACGGCACGAUGAGCUGUGGUUUAGGGGUGAUUUCCAGCCAAGGAAAGUCAAUUUGAUUAUGGCGUGGCUCAGUCCCACUGUCCGGGUGAGCACUCCAGUGGUGGCCGUCUGUCGCGUGGUGGUUGGGUUAUCCCUAUUUUAAAGGCAAACAGUGAAGCACUUUAUUUUGGUUGUGUUUGACCCAGUUCUGGUUAAAGGUGAAGUGUGGCCAAGAAAGACCCGAUACUUGGAAACAAAAGAAAUACAUAAGCAAAGGCGGGGGGGGGGGGGCAUUGCGAGAAGGCCCCUCUCCCCCACCUCCUCCCCGCGUUGAGACCCAGGGGAGUGUCACCGCGUGUAUAUACUGUAAAUUAUUUAUUGAGAGAAACGCAAGUAAAG